AUGUUCGCCUUCGUCCCUCGCAAAGUUGCCCAGAAAUCAAAACCUCAUCAUACAGCAACAGGAAAUGCAGUCGCUCCGGCUGCGACUCACCCAGAAGUCCGAGCUGGGCCUUCGAAGGCAACACCCAUCCAAAACUCCGCAAGCACCACGAAGGGCAAACAAAAACACUCGGAACCAGCUAUACCCGACGAAGACCUCAUUGCACUCCUCUCGCUCUCACUUUCCGACCACUCUCUCUGGGCGAAUGUCGAACUCCGCAGAGCGCUCGCCACCGCGGACGAAGGCUGGCUCCCCCUCAGCGCGCUCCUCCGCAACUCCGCGUACUUCUCCCAUCUGAGCUCGCGGCCCCCAGAAUCUGCGUACGUCAAAGCAAUUCGCACCCACGCCGCCGACAUCUUUGAGGUGCGCAUGCGCGUCACCGCGCCGUCGCGGACAGACUGGCAGGGCACGGACGCGUCCACAUCGAGCGACCCAGGCGGGUACGAGGUGCGGAGGAGGGACUGGCGCGAUGCGCUGCUGAGCGCGCGCAACACCACCCGGCAAGAGUGGGAGAAGAGCACGGUGUACAUGGAAUGCCUUCCCCUCGCGCACCGCAGCGUGCCCAAGAUCUACGCCUUCAUCUCCGCUCUCCUCGGCCUGCCUAGCUCCGGACAAGUGCUUUCCACAGGCGUCCAAAGUAUCACCCUCCCCGUGCACCACCUCGACCGCCCCGGGGACGUCCCGAAACCCAAGGGCUUCGCGCUCGUCACAUUCGCGAGCGAAGACGACGCAUCACGCCUCGUCGCGGACUGGCCAUGGCGGCCCCGGCGCAAUGACAUCCCGCCAUGCGAAGACGAGAACGAGGAGACGGGCGCCCCCGCACGCGAGGCGGUCAAAUUCGGGUUUCGCGCACUUCCGAAGGCGCGCUGGGACGCGCUCAAGGAGGAGUACCUCGCGCACCGCCAGCGGCUCCUCGACCAAAUCGCCCAGUCAGAGCCCGAACCAGAGGCUGGGCCUGCGGACCCCAGCUACGACGCAGACGGCUACCGCGACCGCGACCAGGGCUGGGGCAACGGGGAGCCCCCUACGCACGCGCCCCCAGCGCCUGCGCCCGCGCACGAGCAUGCGGACCCAGAUGCGCCGUUCCCGCCUGGGUGCCUGGUGUACGUGCGGGGCGUGCACCCGGAGACGAACCGGACGACGCUCAAGGCACUCUUCGCCGCGCGCGGCUUUGGGCCGGACGCGCUCGACUACGUCGACUACAGCAAGGGCAUGGGCACGUGCCACCUGCGCUUGUCUGCGCCUCACCACGCACAGGCGCUCGUGACCGCGUUCCAUACCCUUCCUCUCGUGCAGCGCCAGGGCCUCGACAGCACUGGGACAGAGGGAGAUGCUGAAGGCGGGGAAAUCAAGCCGAUCUCGAUGGAGGUCGUCGAGGGCGCGCGAGAAGAACUGUACUGGAGUAAAGUGCCAGAAAAGAUACGACGUGAGGCCGUGCGGAGGGCCAUCGCGCAGGCAUCGUCUGCGGGAGGGAAGGGCGGCGAUGCUAAGGAGCAUGUAGACGCGGUACAGGAAGAGGACACGGGAGAGCAGGAAGGCAAGCGUAAGAGGAAGCGUCGCAGGAAGGCGUGA